UUGAGCGUCAUGCCAGCUGCUGCAUUCUCUUGCUUCUGCUGCGGCAGACGCAGAUGAACGAAGGCGCAGCCGGAGCCCUUUUGACGAAAAUAACAUCUGUGUAGACCAUUCAUAACAAGAUCACUUAGUUACGGUGCGUCAGCACACUCAUGUCCUCCGUCGUGCAGAGCCCUCCUCUGCAGCCUCGCUCCGCCGGUACAACUACCAGUGCUACAAAUAUGGCGCCUGGCAGGCACAGGACCGACGUGGUGGCGCAAAAGCAGCAGAAGCUUUCCCCGUCCACCGAGGACUCCAGUGACGACCUGCAGGAUGACGAGUACUUAUCCUGUGCAAAAGUAUCGUAUUCGUAUAAAUGCAAGUCUUGCAUUACAAAUCUUUUUCUUGAGGCAAAUCCCCAUUACAAAUUUUAUUUCUCAUGCUGAGAAAAUUUGUAAUGCAUUUAUACGAGUACGAUACUUUUGCAAUUCAUAGUACUCCUCUUCGUAUGACUCGGGCUACACGGAUGACGACACGAGCACCACUGGAGAGAGCUCCUUGACGCAGGAUGCUGUAGAUCCUUCGCGAUUGGGAUAUGGGGAUAGAAGAAGCAGCAGGUACGAAGCAAGAACCACGGAGCAGGCUGCUUUGCAACACCAAAACCACCGACGCCUGUCUCGUCAGGUAUGGUUUUAUUUAAGUAUUUUAGAAUCGUGAGCGUGACGACUGAUUCUGGUGUCGUAAGUUGCAUUACUAGGUAGCGUCUUGCGUUCCGUUUUGAUAGUACGUCUAGAAGUCUCGACUGCAUUCUAGCGCUCCAUAGCAUGGGACGGGAGCGGCUGCGCAGUGGGGCUCUCCUGUUCGUUGCUCGUGGUCGGGGUUAAAUGUUUCUUCGCAAUGUUUUCCGUCACAAGCUGCGCAUUCUGGCUCCUGUUGAUUUUCAAAAUGCCGCCGUUUGUAGCUAAAAAACGAACUCGAAUUGCAAUUAUCAGGUGCAAGGGCAAAAUGUUGCAGGUGGGCGCGGGCCCUUUCGGAAAAGUAGUGGCAAGGCCCAGCGAAUCUCGAGAGGUAUGUUGCGCGUUUUGAAAGUUACGGUAUGAUUUCGAGUAUAUUCAUUGCUUAUGCUUUAUUUUUCCCCGACCCAAAGAUUGAGAUUUCAGAUAAGAAAAUCCUUUCUUCCCUCUGUCUUCAUAUCAGGUCCUGUCGGUGGUUCUGCAAUAGCUUUUCCAGGCCCGCUGGGCCCUCCCGGUGCAGCGUCCAUUUUGAAGCGUCAGUCCCCCCGGGACAAGAAAUACAGCAUGGCAAGCCUGAAUCGUGCCUCUAGACAGCAGCUUUCUGGUGCACCAACUGCAUCAAGUGGAACGCUACCGCGAGACAGCAUCAACUUGCUGAAUAAACGACCCCCGGGAGGAGCAGGUGGUGCUUCUAGCACGAAGCUCCCAUCAAGAAACUUUCAGCACCGAACUUCGAAGUAUGAUUCCACAGGGCAGUACGCCAGUUCUCGCAAGAACAACAACUCGGCGUCGGCAUCGAAGAACUAUGGACGCAGCCGCAUCGUGAUGAUCCUCUUUUGCAUCGCGGCCGUGUGUUUGGUUGGGUUGGGCGUCUUGAUCCGCAAUAGUAGCAUCAACAACGCAGACCAGCACUUUUUUCCGAACAAUAAUCCUAAUUUCCCGGGGAACGGAGGGGCGAACAUGAAUGCAGCGGGCCAGAAUUAUAACUACGGUGCGUAUAACAACAAUAACAAUGCGUUUCUGAACCCGAACAACAACAGCCCCGGAGCUGCGCAGCGGGAGCUGCAGUUCAACAACAAUGGGCACGCUGUUCCGAGGCAGUUCCAAUUUCAGCAUCACGGAAUGAAUAACAAUGCGCAACAAGCCGGCGCAGCCGGUGCCGGGGGGCGCCCAGCAUCUAGUGGUUCCUUUUUCGGGUCGUUUCUGUCCAACAUCUCCAUGCUCUGGUAUGGCGUCAUCGGCGCACUGGCACUCACCGCGGGACUCUUCCUUCUUUGGUGGGUAGUUCUGUGAGAGCAGCUCGAGGCCUGACGAUCUCGAAAAACACCCUGCCGCUCUGCUGGGCGGCAGCUUGUCACGAAGGGCAGGGUGAGGGAGUUCCGGAAUCGUUGCGAGGAGAGAUAUAACUUUUCGUCUCUCUAUUUAUCUUUGAAGAUGGUUCACUUCACAGUGGUGCGUGUCUCGGUCUGUAUCAGUACACUCAACGAAUACGUUCCAGUAGGAGUAGUUUCUAUACACAAAUGAAAACAAUUGCUCGUCCGCAUCGGCGUUCAUCGCUGGCUGGCGAAGUUUCAAGUAAGUCGUUGCUGCACCAGCUCGACGACCUUCCUGUGGCACUAGCGACGGUUCUGGCAUCAGCCCGACCGUACUGCCAGCAGCCAUUUUUGAUUUUUCUGCGAAACUUUGUAAAGAAUAGUGUACUUUAUGCUUUUCCGAUUUUUUGCGAUACAUAUACAUGGAACUAAUGUCGCGCCAAUUUAUUAGUGCUCUACUUACAAAUCAAAUAAAGAAUAUUUGGAGCCACAAGACAACUUUUUCUCUAGCUUUUUUUUUGGUUUCAUGUAAGGCUCUUGAUUCGACACGGACGAAGAUAAGGUACAGGCGCAUCUACUCGCAUCUGCGGAUUCACCGACCCUGGAAGCUCCCUCAUGAUGCUUGUAUUGCGAGCCCGGUCAUGACCAAUGGUAACAGCAAUACUGACGGUUUUUGUGUUUUUGUGGUGCAAACGAAAUGAAACAAUGUCAGCUCGUUGCUUGUCGAUUUCGAUAUAAAGAAUAAACGCACGUCGCGUUGAUGAUUUCUUUCAAGGAGUAGAGAUACCUGCAAAAUUCAAGAAAACCAUAAAGGGCUAUAUGCUACGACGAUAUUAACCUGAUUGCGCGAAACGCCUCGACGUAUCUUUGGCAGCGCAGAUUUUUCCAGCGAAU